GCGACACUGAAAAUCCUGCUCCCCAUGUUCUUGCAGCAGCCCUCGGGAUUUGGAAACAGCAAUCGCCAUUACCCCUGAAAAAUCCCAAAACCAAGCUCCACAAUCGCCGUCGGCUCAUCGGGGUGAAACGUCCCUGUGACUUUUGUACCUCGGUCGGUCUUAAUGCCGACGAGAUGAGCGUCCACAAGUUCCAAAUAUACGACUCUCUUCCUGCUUAGCUUGGAGGGGGAACUCGGCCCGCCAUGGCGAAGCGCGUCUACCAAGUUUGGAAAGGGAGUAACAAGUUUAUCCUUGGAGGAAGGCUAAUAUUUGGGCCUGACGCUAGGUCAGUCAUUGUGACCAUAUCAUUGAUUGUUGUUCCAGUUAUAAUCUUUUGUGCAUUUGUUGCAAGGAAUCUUCUGCAUGAAUUUGAAUCAUAUAAUGCUGGAUAUGCUGUUCUGGUGGUAGCUAUCGUGUUUACUAUCUAUAUAUUGGUGCUGCUUUUUCUCACUUCUUCUCGGGACCCGGGUAUAGUUCCACGGAAUACACACCCCCCAGAAGAUGAAUUUCGUUAUGAGUCUUCUUUAUCAGUUGAUCCUGGGGGAAGGCAAACACCAAGCCUCCAAUUUCCUCGAAUAAAAGAAGUUACUGUCAAUGGUGUAGCUGUGAGGGUGAAGUACUGCGACACAUGUAUGCUCUACCGUCCUCCUCGUUGCUCCCACUGCUCUAUUUGCAACAAUUGCGUCGAAAGAUUUGAUCACCAUUGCCCAUGGGUUGGCCAAUGCAUUGGUCUUCGUAAUUAUCGCUUCUUCUUUAUGUUCGUGUCGUCUUCAACUCUUCUUUGCAUCUACGUAUUUGCGAUAUCAGCUUUUUACAUUAAAGUUCUGAUGGAGGAAAAUAAGGGCACAGUCUGGAAGGCAAUGAAGGAAUCCCCUGCCUCAGUUAUACUAAUGGGUUAUUGUUUCAUCUCUCUGUGGUUUGUUGGUGGGCUCACUGGCUUCCAUUUGUACCUUAUAGGCACAAACCAGACAACCUAUGAAAAUUUCCGGUACCGAGCUGACAGCAGGUCUAGCGUCUACAAUCAAGGUUGUCUGAAUAAUUUUCUGGAAGUAUUUUGCUCAAAAGUAAAGCCCUCAAAGAACAACUUUCGAGCCUUGGUACAAGAGGAGGUACCAGUUCCUCCAGCUCCUCCCCCUCUGCCUCCAAUGGGUGCAACCGAACAUGAUGAUUUGGACGGGGAUCCACGUUCAAAGGUUGAAGAUGAUCUAGAUAUUGGUGAAGACCUACUGAAGAUUUCCCAGCGUCGUGAUAUCGAAGACAUUAACGAGGACAUACGCAGUAGAGGGAGCACUGGUCCUCAGCUUAAUGUCUCAGAGGCUAACUCUAGUUUGGGUUCUGAUCAUCGAGCGCCCACCAUUAGAUCAGAAGCUCGACACUCAAGUUGGGGUCGUAGAAGUGGAAGCUGGGACAUCGCUUCCGAGGUUCUUGCUAAUGCCAACGUUACCGAAAGCAGAGCUUACAUCACUUCAAAAGAAACUCGACAGUGAUGGGGUAUAUCAUAUCAGCAUUCCAAAUACAAACUACGGAUAUUCUAACGAUGGAUGGAGGGUGUAGAAAAUCAGUUCGAGGAACGGAGCUUCUACACUCUAGGUAUAAAGUUAUACUCUUACAUUUUGUGGUAAUGCUGGUUAUUCUAUUUUGAAAAGUUAUAGGGCGUGCUGCUUAUAAAAUUGUUGGAGGAAGAAGAAAUUUCUGCAAAAAUCUAAUUCUACUUUCAUUCUCCUCUCUGAUGUUGAUAUUUGUGCAACAUUCUCUGUGAACUGAAUUAUUUUGUGUGCGGUUUAUUCUUUGUGUAAUUAGUCACUACCUGAAGCUGGGACUUCAAAAGAUCUAAUUGUUAAUGCCCCUUUGAAGUUUGAA